CCAUUGUGAGAAAAUCGUUGCACCAAGACCCUAGAAGAGGGUCCUGGAAUACUUUGGUGACCCUUGCAUUUUGUAACAAACUCGUCAUAAUUUUCUGCGUCGACCCUGCUUCUCACGCUCAAGCCACCAAGAUGCUCUGCACUACUUCUACGAAUGUACAUUCUCUGGCUCUUACGGAGUGUGAAGACAUCAUGAAUUUUGAGUGCUUCUAUCACACGAUUAACAAAUAAGUACUCCACAGCAACUCCACAGGGUUGAAAAUGUUGAUGUGGGAGACUUGUAUAUUUUCUAAUGAACAGGCUGUCAUUCCCCCGACGCCCUCAACACAUAUCUACCAUAUCUACCCAAUUCUCGCUAUGGUGGACUGGAACGAUCCUGACCUCGAAGCGAAAUUGGUGGUACUUUCAAUACAGUCGUUGUAUGCCAUCCUCGGCUUAUAUAGCUGGGAAUAUAUACGCUCUUCACAUGUGGAGAUAGCACUGCUUCGGAGGCAACUUCCAUUUCGAUGGCCUUUAUUCUCGUACACUGCAGCCAGAUUCAGCUUCCUGAUCGCGACAGUCUUACUUGCGGCGCAAUUUAGUCCCUUUCGCACAAGCGUUAAUUGUCAGAGCAUGAAUUCCAUCACCAUAUUUGCGAAAAACGCCGCCAUCGGUUUCUCCACAACAAAUCUGAUGAUCAGGACAUGGAUCAUCUGGAAAACUAGUUACUUGCUGCGCCUCUUGUUAGUGCUAUUCUCACUAGGUCAUUGGACAAUGCUCACUCUCUUCCUUGCAACCACUCAUGCAUCCACCAGCAAUGGGGUGUGUAUAAUCAGUUUUGUCAAACGCGCAUAUACUAGUGCAGUGGUCAUAUAUGGCAUGUUGUAUGGUUUGGCCCUUUUGGUUCUUACCGUUAUUGGACUUUUGAGGAUGCCAUCAUCUUCUACGCUAUGGAAGACACUUGUGAAACAAGGGGUGAUAUAUUUCAUCCUCAAUUUAAUAGCAAACCUUACACUACUGACCCUGAAUCGUUUAAGCCUGAAUCCUAUCAUGGAUGCUGUUUUCUCAACGCCUGCCGCAUGCAUCUGCACGAUUGCAUCUAGCCAAGUGGUCCUCUCGCUCAUCCGUCCUUCGGUCGAUUUUGAAAGUGACAGCCCCUCGUCGGCUAAAGUGCCUCCGCUGACGAGUGAGUUCGCCCUUUCAGGGUUCCAGUCCACGGCUGAAGCCUAAGAAUGUAUUUGUUUAGAAUUAGUUCUCAGUUACUAUGCCGGCCCUAUAUAAUUUCAUGAGAGGAUUCAUACUUCAGCUUCGACGUAUGGUGGUGCAUCUUGAACCUAUCUAUUUAUCUUGUCCCUAUGAUGCACAACUCAGAGUUUUCGUUGUGCCAGCGCUGAGCGUUCGCAAGUUCAAUGGAA